ACUAAACGUAAAUUUUCAUGGCAAAAUAAAAGUAAUCCCUUUUAUUCAUUGUUCAUUGUGCGAAAAAGUCAUCGCUACUCGUUACACAAUGCAAUUGAUGCAUGUCUCAUCAUUCCUAGCCAUAGCCUGGACUGUGGCUCUCAUCCUCUCUUCUCUUGUACAGGCGAACACCGAGAAGAUAAUAUUUGCUGCCAAAUUUAAUUGUAUUUCCACCACUGAUCGUUUCAACAGUGAUCUUCAGGAAGAUCAAGGGGCUGUGGAUCCAACGCGUUGGAAGCAAAUGGUACCCCCACAUACCAUAGUCCGUUUUGAAUCGAUACUUCCGAAAAACGUGCAAUCGAGCUCGUUAGCGUAUUCUAACCAGACUCAUUCCCAAACUGAGAACUCCAAGUGGUAUGUGCUCCAGGGUUUGGAGGACAGCGUCAUGUAUGAAUUACGCGUUUCAUAUCCAGCUUCGUCUCCCGCAGACUUUAACAUUGCAGUUUGGACAUUGAGCGAAGCCCAAAAGUAUUUAUCAAAGGAUCUUCGUCUGGACAAGUAUUUUACCAAGAACGUAAUGUUGGCUCAUGUCGAUGCCACAUAUACUGGGAUAUCAUACCUUACAAAUAAGGAUCAAUACCCCGAAAAGCUGCCUAUACCGUACAAUCUUGUCCUAGAGCGUCUUUACUUCAGGAUUCCUUACCAGGCGUUGAAACUCGCUGUUACUAUCGCAGUUGUUGCGAUCAUAGGGCUCAAGUAUAUCGUACCGAAAGCCCAUAGCGCCCUUAAAGAGGUUUCAUCCAUGAAAGAAAAAGGAGAUUAAGACGAUGGAAACCGAAAUAAACCAAUCUAUAUAAGAUUGGCACGAUCUGGCGGGCUUGAUUCUUUAUAUAUACAGAUAUAACUUUUUUACAAUAUCAAAAAGGCAUGCUGUAAAACUGAAAGAAAGUAAUAAACACUGUAC